AUUUUCAAACCGCCAUUUUGAAACUAUUCAGAUUGCAAACUAACCUUACGUGGAUGGAGAGGACAUGCAGACCGAUGCAACACAAGAUUGCGAGAUGGGUGAAGACGGUGCACCAUUGAGUGACGUGGAGGACAACGAAGGGGAGCCACAGGUGGAAAAGUCAAAAGGAUUCAAUGUCGGGGAAAUUAUUGAGGGGAAAAGAGAGAAGAAGAAGGUGGAAAGGCUGGUGCAAUCUGCGCAGUUGGUAAAAUAUAAAGAACGCCUGAAGGUUGAAAGUGGUGAUGGCGAUAAACUGGGUGAAAUUGCACGAAUCAACCACAACAUUGGAAAGACUAAAGCUCCCCUCCUGAAACCUCUUCAUAAGGUCCUUUAUGAUCGACCUGGAGCUGCAACUUCAAUGAAGAAGAACCUACGAUUGUUCCAUGGCUUCUCCUUCAGAGAGGAAAGUGAUCUCUACUUCAAAAAGAUGAAGACGUUGUCAAAAUACACCAACACCAUGUUGAAAACUAUCUGUCAAGUUCUAGACAUUGAGAGGACUGGGAAGCAGUCUGUCCUAAUUGAAAGAAUCAUGGCAUUUCUCAUGCACCCUGUCAACACUGGAAAGCCAGUUCCCAUCAAAAAGAAGAAAAAGAAGAAGAGGAAGAACACUGCAACGGAAGCCAAGAAAAAGACGAGCAAAGUGUCCAAGAGUCCCACAAAGUCCAAGAAGAUGGAGAGUAAGUCCAAAGCCAUCGUCACAGAUUCAAGCAGUGACGACGACGACGACGACGAUGAUGACAAACGUGAAAGUAAAGAGACCAAGACGUCAUCAGCCCUAGAAAGCCGAAAGAAGGACGACACGGAUGACUCCUCAGAAGAGGAAGUAGAAGACGAAGAAGAUGAUGACAAAGAUGAUGAUGAUGAUGAUGAGGAGGAGGAGACACCUAAAUCAAAAUCCCCGGCGAAGAAGAAACCUGCUACCCCAAAAAAGACAGCUUCCAGCAAAAAGACAACAAAGUCAACACCUGUGAAAAAGAAACCAGCAGCUAAGAAGAUGGCAAAGGAAGAUGAUUCUGAUGCAUCUGACGAGUCCAAGUCUGAUGACAGUGACAAUCAAAACGACAGUGACUUUGAGAAGUCAAAAAAGAAAACAGCAGCAAAGAAGAAACCAGCCAAACCUGCCCCCAAGACUAAGAAAGCAGACAGCAGCAGCAACAAGACUGCCAAAAAACGCCAAGUCCUACUGGACUCAGAUGACAGUUCUGAUGACGAUAAGCCCUUAAUCAAGAUGAUCAAGAAGCCGCCCACAGAUGACCAGAUCAAGACCACCGUAAAGGAUCUCCUGAAAGAUGCCAACUUGGAGGAGGUGACCAUGAAGCAGCUCUGUCAGAAAGUAUAUGACUCAUACCCUGAAUUUGAUUUGACUAGCCGAAAGGACUACAUCAAGCAGACAGUGAAAAGUUUGAUCUCCUAGGAAGGGGCAGUGAAGUUUUUGCCUUUCAAAGCCAUUUCUUGAAGAGAGGAUUUCUUGUCAAUAUUUAAAUGCCUACGAAGUCUAAUAGAGUGUAUGUAUGAAUGUACGUAGUUACUUUGUCAUUACUGCCCAAAGUGUUUUUCUGUAGUGGAUGGCUCUUUUGUCAUUUGUGUUUUUGGUUUGUUUUGCUUAGUUUUUUUUUUGGUUUUUUUAACUUUUUUAUAUACGGGUUUUGUACGUCUAUUGUUUCUCUGAUUGUAAGCACGCUUAUGAAAACACACAGGAUGUAUAUAUCACUGGCUGUGAAUAAAAUGCUCCUUUUUUAUUGAAAUGA